AUCAUCGACGUAGUCGUCUUCCUCCUUGCAGCUGCACCUGAAUCAAUGGAUUCUCAGCAUCCGAUGGAUCCCCCAUCCUAACAUAGUAACGUUAACUACUAGUCUUCUUCCCCUUUCACCAUAAUGUCCAUGGCAAUGCUGCCACCAUUGAUCCUCUUCCUCCUUUCUUUUCCACCGGCUUCCCAUUCCGCCCCGCACAAGCUACCCCCUGACACAACACAUUCACCGAUUCAGAAUGGGGGUGCGGCAACGUAUCAUUGGGUCCGGGUCGCCAAGGAUGCUGGGUUUUCGCGCGUGCUCCUCACGGAAAACCACCACGAUGGGUUCUGCCUGUGGCCCAGUGAAUAUACGGAUUACUCUGUCAAGGCGAGUUCUUGGAGAAAUGAGAGCGGUGAUGUUGUGGCAGAGCUGGCUGCGGCAGCGAAGGAGGGUGGAAUUGGGUUGGGGCUGUAUUUGUCUCCUUGGGACAGGCAUGAGUUGUCGUAUGGGAAGAGAGUGGAAUACAAUGAAUUCUACAUGGGGCGUAUGACCGAGUUGUUGACUAGGUAUGGAGAGACCAAGGAAGUAUGGUUGGACUGUGCAAAAGGGGAAGGGGAAGAGGACAUGGAGUAUUUCUUUGAUUCUUGGUUCAGACUAAUCCGCCAGCUCCAACCCCGGACUGUAAUAUUUUCCGAUACGGAUCCUGAUACCAGGUGGAUUGGUGACGAGGCUGGUGUUGCUGGCUCUACUUGUUGGUCUCUUUUCAAUCGAAGUAAUGCAAUGAUUGGCGGCACUGAUCCCCAGCCUGGUUGGUUUUGGCAUGCAUCCGAAGUUCCAAAGUCUCCAUUGAAGCUUCUUGACAUAUACUACAAAUCUGUUGGCCGGAACGGCCUUCCGUUGCUGAAUGUGCCUCCGAAUUCUUCAGGGCUGAUCUCCAAUGAGGAUAUAGAAGCGCUUCAGGGAUUUAAGGAGCUUCGAAGAUCCAUAUUCUCCAAUAAUCUGGCUAAGAAUGCUUUCAUUAAUGCUAGCAGUACACGGGGAGGCCAUGUUGAUUAUCGAUUCAGCCCCCAUAAUGUUCUUGAAAAAGACCUGUCGUGGCAUUGGAUAUAUGUCUCCCCUGAUGUUGACCUUGAUGUUGACAACUGCAAGUUCCUUUUCAAUAUUGAGCAACAAAGCCCUGAUAUUGCCCUAGGUACCCAUGGCCAUCUUACUAAGAAAUUACAUGAAGAGAUUGGUGCUGGUGACCAAGGUCACAUGUUUGGAUAUGGUACAGAUGAAACCCUUGAGUUCAUGUUUCUCACCCAUGUUCUUGCAACUCAGCUUGGAGCCAGAUUCACUGAGAUGAGAAACAAUAAGACAUGCCCCUGGUUGAGGCCUGAUGGCAAAACCCAAAUGACUGUUGAAUAUCAAAAUGAGGGUGGGCACAACGAUUCCGAUCAGGGCAAGGAUCCAACAAAGGUGGAUAGAAGUGGUGCUUAUAUUGUCAGGCAAGCUGCAAAUGGUGUUGUGGCUUCUGCUUGCCACUAUAUCGUACAGGUUUCUUGUGCAAUUGGUGUGCCAGAACCAUUAUCUCUGUUUAUGGCCACUCAUGGAACAGGAAAGAUCCCUGACAAAGACAUACUUGAGUUAAUCAAGGAGAACUUCCAUUUUGGGCCAGAGAUGAUUGCAUUUAAUCUUGACCUGAAGCAAGGAGGCAACUUCAGGUAUCAGAAGACUGCUGCUUAAGGACAUUUUGGUCGUGAUGAUCCAGACUUCACUUGGGAGACUGUCAAGCUUCUUAAACCCAUGGCCUAAAGUCAAAAUCUCUUUGUAUAGAUGAUUUUGUAUCCGGACUAUAUCUUGUUUUGUCAUGCCUACUUCACCCAUUUUUUUGGCCAUCCUUAUUCUUGAGGAAUUUAUUGUUUUUCUUUAUGAAGUUUCAUUCUUUAUGAAGGUUAUGCAUAUUGUAUGUGUUACUUCUGCAACGGUAUGUGCCAGAAGAGGCAGAACGGGAACAAGUGAGCGGAAAGAAAAUCCCAGUUGCAAU